GUAACGUCUCCAACGUCGUUGCAAAGGAUCGACAAAGAUUAACACACACAUAUCGUUGUAUAUUUCUUAAAGAUUUUUGAAACAGUUUUACAAAUUAUUACUGACGUAUUUAUUGUGUAAGGACAGAUAAUUGUAAAGAAGAUGGCUGACAUCCGUAAUGUAAAUGAGGUAUUGGAAUCUGUAAAGAGAAAACUCCAAGAUGACUAUGACAGACAAAUUUACGAAGAUUUGUACAGAAAAUCAGAGGCUGCAACGGCUGCAACAAAGAAGUUGUUAGACGAACUCAAAAAAGACGCUCAGUCUAUCUCGGAGUUAAAUAUUUGGAAAGAUAUUGAAAAUAUGAGAGAAGCCUAUCAGUAUGAAGAAGAAGAAAACUUUCUCUGUGAAAAUAUAGUUCCAAUAGAGUCUAGCGACAAUUCUUGGUGGAUCGCAAGUGAAAAUGUUUUACCUGAAGUUUUACCUGAAACAAAAGAGAAGAAAAAAUCUGGAGUUAAAUACAUUUUCACUACACGUCCUUAUUCAGAGAUUGCGCACAUUCACCAAAGGGACAAACCAAUAUGGCUUGAUGUAGAUUUAAAGAAAGAGAUUGUACUAGGAGAGCCAGACGAAGAGGAAAGACAAGCAAUGGAGCUAGAAGAAAAGAAGAUGGCAUUACGCUACGGCCCUGGAAAAGAAACAAUAACUAGUAACCUUUUUAACAAUGGAAAAAACAGAAAACAGAAGGAUGAAGAAACUAAAAAUAAAAGAAGAACAGAAAUAUACAACAUGUUAAAUUACGGUACUAAAAAGAGACAGACGGAGGAGGAAAACAAAACUAAAAGGAAACAAACAAAAGGUGAACCAAUCACGAAGAAGAAGCAUACCGUCCAAAGUAUCAUCGAUACGUUGUGUUCAUGCUUCAGAAAAACCAAACCAGAAGAAGCACUGUGAUAAGACAUUUUUAUUCAUAGUGGUUAU